AUGCCAUCUGGCUGCAGUAUUAGAGCUCUCUGGAUAAUCAAUAAUCAAGACGCUGUUGUUUUCUCCAGGCGGUUUCCGGUCGUGGAGAAGCAGUGGCGGUCCGCUUUCAAGACGGAAGACGGAAACAAUGGCGGCUUGGAUCUUCCUCGACUUCCCACUGAUCAACAGCUCGCCAUUGCUUUUGCUCGAAGAAAGAGACGGGAAGGCUCUACUCGUGGAUACGGCGUACGAGUAGCUCAAUCCACAAAAGGAUCCGACUCCUGGGUCGAUGAUCCCAUCACUCGUCAUAUAAUUAGCCUUUCCUUAGCUGAGGAUGAUGACGAAUCCAACGAAAACGAUGAGAGGAAUUUUGUUUGGCCCAUUGUACUUCACACCAAAUCCCUUUACACCAUCCUCGUCUUGCCUUUGGUUGAGCCAAAGGAUGUGAAGGACUUCGUCAACUUAUGCAGGAGAUGUGACUGUGGACCAUCUGUUGGUGAAGAUCUGAGUUUAUCAUCUCUCUUGCUCAACAUUUCAUCCAUCACUGGAGCUUUCAUGGUGGCUCAUUCAUUUGGUGACAUAAUCUCUAAUGAUACUGCGGAGCCUGAGGUUGUUGUAGCUACCUCACCAUCAGUCGGGGGAUUGUUUGAUUCUUUAACCGGAAGCAUUGGUAUCACAUCAAGGCCAAAACCCGUCGCUGCACCUGUUGCAUCUUCUUCUUCCCCGGCUGGAUCCGCUUCAACCGGAGCUGCAGCAUCAGAUGCUCCCAAAUCAGGCCUGCUUGACAAAGAUCUACUUAGAAACUUCAUCGCUACUGCUAUGCCCUUUGGUACACCAUUAGACCUCAGCCUUUCUAAUAUCUCUGCUAUUAAAGCGAAUGGCUUUUCCUCUGCUGAGCCUCCUCCGCAAGAACUUAAGCAACCAGCAUGGAAGCCAUACCUGUACAAAGGGAAGCAAAGGCUAUUAUUCACAAUCCAUGAGACCAUUAACGCUGCAAUGUACGACCGUGAUGAGAUCCCUGACAGUGUAUCUGUCGCCGGACAGAUAAACUGCCGUGCAGAGCUAGAAGGACUGCCUGACGUGUCCUUUCCUCUAGCGGGGCUGAGUAAAACCCACAUCGAGGCUAUAUCUUUCCAUCCGUGCGCACAAGUUCCAGCACAUGGGAUUGACAAGCAGAACAUUGUCUUCCAGCCUCCCUUGGGCAACUUUGUUCUCAUGCGAUACCAGGCUGGUUGUGGACUUGGACCACCGGUGAAAGGUUUCUAUCAGCUAUCAAUGGUCUCAGAGGACGAAGGUGCUUUCCUUUUCAAGGUGCGACUCAUGGAGGGAUACAAGGCUCCUCUGUCGAUGGAGUUUUGCACUAUAAUUAUGCCCUUUCCACGGAGACGGAUUGUGUCGUUUGAUGGGACUCCUUCAGCUGGGACUGUUGUGACCUCAGAACACUCUGUUGAGUGGAGGGUUUUGGGAAGCGGGCGUAGUCUUUCUGGAAAAAGCCUUGAGGCAACUUUCCCUGGGACGAUUAAGUUUAGUCCAUUGCAGAGCAGGAGAAGAGGAGAUGAGGAUGAUGAAGAGAGUGAGGGUACAGAGAAUGUGGUGAACGUGGAGGAGUUUUUGGUGCAGGAAAUGAACAAGGACCUCCCAGCAGUUGAUAUGGAAGAACCUUUCUGCUGGCAAGCCUAUGACUACGCUAAGGUCUCGUUCAAGAUUGCUGGAGCAUCUGUAUCUCGAAUGUCAAUUGACACGAAAUCGGUCAAUAUCUACCCAACCACAAAGUCGCCGGUCGAGUUUUCUGCUCAGGUGACUUCAGGGGAUUAUAUAUUGUGGAACACAUUGGGAAAGGCUCCAUCAGCAGCCACUGUGUGA